GCGCUCCGCGUGCUGCUGCGCAAGUUCCGGCUCCCCGGCGAGGCGCAGUGCAUCGACCGCGUCAUGGAGGGCUUCGCGCGGGCCUUCAAGAGGGCGAACCCGCCGGAGAGCGCCGAGCCCUGGCCGUACAGCGAGGACGCGGCGUACGUCCUGAGCUUCUCCCUCGUCAUGCUCAACACGGACCUCCACUCCCAGAACAUCAAGGACGCGGACCGCAUGACGCGCGACGGCUUCGUGUCCAACAACCGGGGCAUCGACGCGGGCGGCGCGGACCUGCCGCGGGCGCUGCUCGAGGCGCUGUACGACGGCGUGAAGCGCGAGGAGAUCAAGAUGGACGAGGGCGACCUCUACGAGUCGGAGCUCAUCACCUACAUGGGCGCGCGCAAGGCCGGCUGGCUCGAGAAGUGCAACGACAAGGGCCUCUUCUCCGUGAAGCACCGCUGGCGGAAGCUCUGGUUCGUGCUCAACGACGGCUGCCUCUACUACUUCCUGUCGCCGGGCGACGCCGACGUCGCCGAGAAGCCGCCGCGGGCCAUCGUGCCCCUGGAC